AGAAAGAAAGAGAGAGAGAGAGAGAGAGAGAGAAAGAGUUUAAUCUCCUAUAUUACUAUUCUCUUCUCUUUCGCGUGCAACACAGUUAAAUAUCGCAAGUCGAACUGAGUGAUUAUACUUAAUAUCAUUUGCGGUUCCUCUUGAAUAACUUUCUCGAGGAAGGACAAAAGUGAAUAUAAGUGAAAGAAAAGCAGAGAGAAAGAGAGAGAGAGAGAAAGAAAGAAAGAAAGAGAGAGAGAGAGAGAGAGAGAAGAAGAAGAAAAGAGAACAGAGAAGAGUGGAGAUUUAAAGAGAGUGCGACAUCGACGGGAUCCUUUCGAUCGCGAAUACGCGCUGUGCGAGACCUAAUUUCGUUGACUCUCCAGAGAGUGGAGCGCUCGAAGAGAGCGUGAACUAUACGAAACGAAAGAGAGAGAAAGAAGGAAAGAGAGAAAGAGAUCGGACGAAGACUGUGAAAGAAAAAAAGAAGAGGGAAAAAACAGAUACAAAGCAACAACAACAACAACAACAACAACAACAACAAUGAUGAUGAUGAUGCGUCGCGAACAAAAAGGUCAAGCAUCCUUGAGAAAGCAAACGUCGUCGUUCUUCUCGUCGUCGCCAUUGGGCAACCAUUCGGCAUAUAACAGGACGACGAGAUACGAGCUUGGUCUCUCGAAUUCGUCGUCGUCCUCUUCGUCAUCGUCAUCCUCUUCCUACCCCUCGUCGUCCUCGUCGUCGUCGUCGUCGUCGUCGUUAUCGUCGUCGUCGUCCUCGUCGACGAGCUGCCCAAGUCUCUUAACUGUCUUAGCAUGGACGGCUACGUUAUUACUUGUCUCGUCUUGUCUUGGUAUUGCCGACGCUGGUGUCCUCAUGAGUCAUCCCUUAGGUAAACGGUCUUACCUUGAUAUCUCUUGCAAGGGCGUUUACGAUAAGAGCAUCUUCGCUCGUUUGGAUCGUAUCUGCGAGGACUGCUAUAAUCUUUUCCGCGAGCCACAGCUUCAUGUACUUUGCAGAAAAAAUUGCUUCACCACCGACUACUUCAAGGGAUGCUUGGACGUAUUAUUGUUAACGGACGAGAUGGAGAAGAUCCAAAUGUGGAUCAAGCAACUCCAUGGGGCCGAUCCCGGGGUUUAGGCAAGACUGCUUCGGCACUCAAUACUUCAUGAGCUGCAUUCAAGCGUUGCUACUUGAGGACGAGAAGGAGAAGUUCCAAGGGAUGGUCGAGUACCUCGGUCGCAAGAAGUAAGCGAGAAAAGAAGGAAAAAAGGAAGGAAGGAAGGAAGGGAGAGAGAGAGAGAGAGAGAGAGAGAGAAGGAGAAAGAAAUGAAGAGAGAAAGAGAGGAAGAAAGUAAGGAAGAAUAACGGUAGGCUUACGAAGGCGAAGAGACUACGAUAAGAAGACACGAAGAUGACGUGGAUGAUUACAUGGAUGAUUUCACGAGGAUUUCAGGUUUGCAUGUUAUAGCAAACAAACAAUUUUAUAUAUAUAUAUUUUAACCGGAAGUCUAACUCUGUUCGAUUUGGAGACGAACGUCUUUUAAUGAAUAUUUUCGUUCGUUUGAUCAACGAAGAAAGAAUUUUUAUCGUCGCACUUUGCUCUAUCCAAAUAUCCCUCCCUUUGCUACUUACCCCUAGCCUUAUUUUUUUUCUUUCCUUUUUGUUCGUUUCUUGUCUCUUAUAUAUAUAUAUAUAUAUAUAUAUAUAUAUAUGUAUGUAUAU